AUGGCUCCUACUCCUGAGCCUCCACCGAUCAACAUUGAACCUGAAUAUUGUCCUCAAGCGGUGACGCAAUGGUACUAUCUCGCAUCACUACCAAGUAACAGGAGAGAAUGUUCAUUACGCAGGGACCUAUCGUUACAAGCCAAGAAACAUCUUCGUUAUCUGGGUUGGACAUUUUGGUACAUCGACAAGAAAGAUAAGUGGGAACUGCGUUACACAUCACCCAUCACCGGCAAGAAUCACAUUUCUCUCGCAAGGGCAUGUAAAGCUUGCAUAGAAGAGGGAGGCUGCAUUGAAAACCCUCAAGAUUUUCAAGAAAACAACGUUGUUCAUGUCGAAUAUCCUACUUCUGAACCAAAAAAGGAGAAAAGAGAAUCCGAAAAGAAAACUAGGCUGUGCAAGAGAAGACAAAAGGAUGAUCACGGUGAUGAGUUGGGAGAAGGCUCUAGUUCUAUGAAUGGCAGAAGAGGUAAGCCUGCGCGGUCAAUCAAGGGUGAGACACCAUCUUCUAGGUCUUCACAACCCCAUCGUCGAACCCUUAUCCCAUGGUUGAUAGAAAACAGUGCUGUGGGUUUAGAUUCCGUGGUAUCCUGUCGUGGUUCAAAUGGCGUGGUCAAGAAAGGGAAGCUAUCGUACAAUGGCAUAGCUUGUGAUUGUUGUGGCAAGUUUUUUUCUCCCACUCGCUUUGAGGCUCAUGCCAGGUGUCAAAAACACAGACCAAAUGCUAGCAUUUUCUUGGAAGAUGGAAGGUCAUUGUUAGAUUGUAAAAACGAGGCCUUGAGUUCUCAGCGAAAUGGGUUUGUGAAAGAAGAGGAAAUCGAUGACUGUGGUUAUCCAAAUGACAGCACGUGUGCUGUUUGUCGUUACGGUGGUGAACUUGUGCUGUGUGAUGGAUGCCCCUCUUCGUUCCACCUCAAGUGUUUAGGUUUAACCGUUGUCCCAGACGGUGAUUGGUUCUGCCCACUUUGCUGUUGCAAAAUAUGCAGGCGACCCAGAUGCAGAGAUGACCAUGCUCAUAAUGUGGGUGUUAACAGCAUUCUAGUUUGUCCUCAGUGUGAGAGAAAAUACCAUUUUGGAUGCUUAAAAGCUCCAGCAUCAUCACAUACCAUGUUGGAAAAGGAAGAAGAUGAUGUUGGUAACAGGAAUUGGUUUUGCAGUAGAGACUGCGAGAAGAUAUUUUUCGGUCUGCAGGAGCUUCUGGGAAAAAACAUUAAUGUUGAUGCAGAUAAUGUUACUUGGACGCUGUUGAAGGCAGUGAAAAGGGAUAGCAGUGGAGAAGAUUAUCUUAAUUUGGAAGGAGUUGAAGGUUUGAGUGAAAACGAAAGGAAGCUGAGUGUAGCUCUUGAUGUAUUGCGUGGGAGUUUUGAUCCGAUUAUUGACGCUUUUUCUGGUAGAGAUUUGAUAGCAGACGUUGUUUUCAGCAGAGGGUCAGAACUGGGUCGGUUGAACUUUAGUGGAUUUUACACUGUGGUUCUGGAGAAGGAUAAAGAAGUGGUUUCUGCUGCUACUGUGAGGAUUUUGGGGAAGAAUGUUGCGGAAAUUCCGUUUGUGGCUACUAGGAUGCAGUGUAGAAGACAAGGAAUGUGUAGCAUGUUGAUGAAUGAGAUUGAAAAACAGUUAAGUUACUUGGGAGUGGAGAGGUUGGUUCUGCCUUCGUCGUGCAGUGCGAUAAACACUUGGACAAAAUCAUUUGAUUUUGUAAAGAUGAAACCUUCAGAUAAGUCUAAGCUACUUGAUUAUGUUUUUCUCAACUUCGAGGGUACCAUCAUGUGCCACAAACCUUUGUUGCAAGAAACUUAUGUAUGA